AUGGAGGAUAAAGAAUUUGUAUUAAAAUAACUUAUGAUUAUUUAGAGUUAAGAGAUUGCUAGGAAAUUCUAGAUAUUUUUUGCACAUAUGGAAUAAUUUUGUUAAUAAUUUUUGAAGGGAUAAAAUGCGGCUGAAUUUAGAAAUGAUAAAAGUGAAAAGAAAAAAGAACGAGAUCCUAAUGCACCAAAGAGACCUCUUACUGCUUUUUUCUUAUUUAACUAAAAAUAUCGUGAAAAGGUUUUGGAAAGAAAUCCAGGUAUUGAUUAGAAUGAUUUUAUUUAGAAGUUAAACUUAUAUAAAUUUCAUAAAUGGCUGGAUAAAAAUGGAAUUCAAUGAGUGAAGAGGAGAAAUAAGUAAAAAUUAUAUAUACUGUUUAAGCCAUAUAUUGAUUAAUAUAAUGAAGCAAAAAAUAAAUAUGAAGAAGAGAUUAAAGAUUAUAAUGAAAAACAAAGUAUUACAAAUAAUGAUAAAAAGAGAAAGAAAUAAGAAAAAGUAUUUAUUAUUGAUUUAAUAUUAGUUUGAUGAUAAAUCUGUGAAAUCAGGAUAAGAUUAUCAUUCAGAUGAUAUUGAUUCUGAAUCAAUAUAACCAGCUAUUAAACAUCAACAAUAGCUAAAAUAAUAAUAAUAAUAACAAACAGAAAAGAAAAAAGUUAUACAAACUGUAGUUUCUGAUGAUGAUGAUGACCAAAUAUAAUAAGGCAUCUAGUCUAAACCAUAAUAAUCAAAAUUAAAAGCUACUAAACCUAAAAAUAAAUAAAACAUGGAUGAUGAUCUAUAAAGGGAGAUAAUCCAAGUAAUUAAUAACGACAAAUCAUAGAAAAAAUCAACAAAAAAAUGA